GCAUUGGGUAAAGCGCUGUUCUUCGAUCCGCGUCUAUCUGGCAGCGGUCAGAUUGCGUGUGCUUCGUGUCACGAUCCCGACUUGGCUUGGACCGAUGGACGCACGACCAGUUUCGGUCAUUCGCGAAAGAUGCUGGCUCGGAACGCUCCGACGACCCGUUUCGCGGCGCAUCAAGAGACUUUCUUUUGGGAUGGCCGGGCCGAUACGCUUGAAGGCCAAGCCGUUGCCGUGCUGUUGAAUCCAGACGAAAUGCAUGCCAGUCGCGAUCAUGUGGUGCAGACAGUUUCUUCCAUUACGGCCUAUCAAAAGCUGUUCGGCGAAGCGUUCGGAGACGAGGAAGUUACCCUGCAGCGUGUCGGUCAGGCCAUCGCCUGUUUCGAGCGAACCGCCGUCAAUGGCCGAACGCGAUUCGAUGCGUUUUUGAAAGGGAAGACCGACGCGAUGUCAGACAGUGCGAUUCGUGGAAUGGAUUUGUUUCGCCGCGAAGCACGCUGUAUGAACUGCCAUCAUGGCCCGCUGCUCAGUGACGGAAAGUUUCAUGAUGUCGGCCUGAGCUACUAUGGCCGGAAGUACGAAGACUUGGGCCGCUUUGAGAUCACCGGCGAAGCAGCCGAUGUCGGUCGAUUCCGGACGCCGGUGCUGCGUGACGUGACUUCGACCGAACCACUGAUGCAUAACGGAUUGUUUCAUUUGCCAGGCGUUUUGAACAUGUACAACGCCGGCAUGCCAACCCUGAAGCGGAAAGAGCAUCAGCAAGCGGACGAGCGUUUUCCGACCAA